CGCUCUACCCCCUCCCCGCGGUUCCUAUUGGCCCGCACCGAGGCGGGGCCAGCGGUGCUGCCAGCACGUGGUGGUCCGGGAGCGGGUGACCUUGGCGGGGGCGGGCGGGGGUCCUCUGUCGUCACCCCUUCUCUGUCGUCACCCCGCUGUCGUCCCCCCGCAACUCCGGCCCCUCCUGUCGUGCGCCCCAGGCGGCCUCUCUCCCAGCCCUGGGGUGUUCCCAGCGCCCUGCGCUCCGGGGGUGCCCCCUUGCCUCGGACCGGAGCCCCCCGCCACCCUGCACCGGGCAGGGAAGGCUUCCAGCCACCCCACGGCCCCGGCAGGGCUGCUGGCCGGAGCCAUGUCUCAAGGCGAGCGGGUGCACAGUGCGUGGCAUGGCCUGGCAGCACUGCCAGGGGGAGCAGAACCUGCCCCAUACUCCCCGGGGCAGGGCAGCCCUGGUGCCUGGCGAGGUGUCCAGAUGCUCGGGAGGAAGGAAGCUGCCUCGGAGGGAUGAGUGUUGCAGGCAGGAGGGGGGCCGUGUUUUCCUUGUGCUUUGAGUCCCAGUUAGCGGAUGGGCUUGGCCAACGGGCCCGAGGGAGCCUGCGACCGCCGGGGCUUUGGGGGUUAAAUCAAUGCACCACAAAUUGAGGAACAAGAUUAGGGAAUAAGGGAUCCUACUAAAUUCCUCGUGAUCCCAAGCCAUGGGAAAACGGAACGAGGCAGCAUGAGUCACUCUCCGGAGAGGAGCAGCGUCUCAAAGGGGAGUCAGCCAGGAGGCGAGACCACCCGCUGCGGGCAGAGCAGCGCAGGAGCGUGGCGGUCUCCAGCUUGCUGGCAAUGGAGUGCGUCUCUUCUUCCCCUUCUCCCUUCUCCGCCAGUUCCCCCACUGUGCAGUCUGAGAACGCCACUGCCCAUGACUACUACUCCGGCCUCCAGAAGAGCAUGCACAUCCUCUCCAUGGUGGUGUACAGCAUCGCCUGUUUGCUGGGAGUGACAGGGAAUGGCCUUGUCAUCUGGAUUGCAGGCUUCAAGAUGAAGAAGACUGUGAACUCUGUCUGGUUCCUCAACCUGGCCAUUGCUGACUUCAUCUUCACCUUUUUCCUGCCCCUCAGCAUUGCCUACACUGCCCUGGACUUCCACUGGCCGUUUGGGAAGCUCCUGUGCAAGCUGAACAGUGCCAUCGCGUUCCUCAACAUGUUUGCCAGUGUCUUCCUCCUGACGGUCAUCAGCAUGGACCGCUGCGUUUCUGUGGCCUUUCCCAUCUGGUCUCACAACCACCGGAGUCCAGAGCUGGCGGCCAGGAUUGCACUGGGGACAUGGGUCCUGGCUCUCCUCCUCAGCUCCCCGUACCUCGUCUUUCGGGACACUGCGGUCAGUUCCAGGAACAUCACCAGCUGCUAUAAUAAUUUUGCACUGUCUGAUGACUACACGUCCGAGGCAACGCGGAGGCUGUGGAGGAUGCGGCAUAAAGCAAUGAUCAUAACGCGAUUCUUAUGCGGGUUCCUCAUCCCUUUUACAGUGAUCCUCAUCUGCUACAGCAUUGUUGCUGUCAAGCUGAAAAGAAGGCAGCUAGCCAGCUCUGCGAAGCCAUACAGAAUUAUCAUUGCUGUCACAGUCUCAUUUUUCCUCUGUUAUUUCCCCUAUCACGUCUUCUCCUUGCUGGAAAUAUCCAAAAACUCUUCCAGUCAUGAGAUGAAAGUGGCCCUUUACAUAGGGAUCCCCUUGGUUUCCAGCCUUGCUUUCUUCAACAGCUGCAUCAACCCCAUCCUGUACGUAUUUGUGGGGCCGGAUUUCAAGGAGAAGUUUCGCCAAUCCAUCCUGUCGACAUUUGAAGGGGCCUUCAGUGAGGAGUCGGUCCUGGGCAGCCUGACCAGCAGGCGAAAGUCCAGGUCUGCUUCGGAAGCGGAGGUCCCGAAGGUCUGAGCGGGUGCUGGUGUGGAGGGGGCAGUUCUUUUCUCUGCAAUUUCCCCUCAUUUCAGAGCUAUAAUCGCAGGACUGGGGGCUGCAAAGGGCUGUGCAUGCUAAUGAAAUGUGAUUUGACGUUUUGGAGGUAUCUCAAACCUACUAUAAUUUAAUAUACUAGGGAAAAUAAACAACCAUCUGGAGCUGCAGCAGGGUGGGAAAGUCAAAAUACAUUUUGCUCCUUGUGCCACUUCCUUGGCUGCCUUGUUUCCCUGUGCCUUUUCUAUCCCCUAUGGUCCAUCAUACCUGGCAAAAUGUCUCCCUGGCUGGCUGUGCUGAGGGCAACCACAGCUGGGUGGUGGCUGCCACUCAUCAGACUUAGUUGCUUCAGCAGUGCUGAUUGUUACAGCUUCCAGUUUUUAACAAGGGACCUUUUAUAAAAUUCCCCACUGGCAGAGCUCCUUUUACUUUCCUCUCCUCCUGGCUCCCAAGGAGGGAGCUCUCAGGUGCUCUCCAUCCUGCUGCCCAGCCCAGGGUCACCUUGUACACGCCCGGGGGAGGCAUUUGGGGACAAAUCCUGUUUGCAUCUCCAUUGGGUUCACCUGCCUGCAGUGCAUUUGCACAUGGCGAGCAGAGGGGAGAUUGUCUUCUCUGCCCUUACCAGACUUUCCUGGCAGCUCAUCUUUGCUGGGGUUCCACCAGGGGGCAAAAUCGGAUGCAGCUGCACCGGCAGAGUAUGGCUGUGCUGAGGUGUAACGCUGCGCUGGAGGUGUAUGGCUGUGCCAGAGGUGUACAGCUGUGCUGGCAUUUCAGUUGUUCAGAGGAAGAAAGGAGGGAGAGGACAGCUAUUCCACAAGUUCCCUGUAAUUCAAUCAGUAAAGAAAAUACAAAGAUCCUUUCCCAUGUAUCAUUCCGGUCUGGUGCAUAGGCUGCUAAAGCUUAAGGAGAAAAUAAUUGAACAUGCAGUGGGAUCCAUCUCACAAAUGCAUCUUUUAAGGAAAGAGGGUUAAAUGAAAUGGCUGUAUGUAUUUUUGUAGGGUCUGGAAUAGCUAGUAAGACACUCAUCUUUUCUCUCCCCAGAUGUGUAGCAGGACAAAUUAUUGGUUGUGCUCAAGUUACUCAGGUUUGAUGUACAGCGUAACUAUUUCUGAGCAAUGCUUGUCUGUGUGGGUGUUUGACAUGUUUCUGGCCCUUAAAUAGCAGAGAUCUGACACUUUGUACUGUUGGUGAAUGAAUA